AUGUUUGCUUGCCUAAUCUGUGAUGCUCGGCUUACUGACUUUGACUGCUUGCUGGGUCAUCUGGUCCUGGUUCAUGGCCAGACAUCGGCUCCUUGCGCGACACCUCACUGUCCUCUUUGCGGCCGUGCCUGUCCUGCCGGACUGGCUGCUCUACGACAGCACGUUACUGUUACCCAUCUCACCAAUGUCGGACAGAUCGGUAGAGGCCAGGUCAGUUUAUUAAAUAUAGUAAAAAGUCGAUUUAAUAAAUGA